AUGGGAAAAGAAUUUGUGCGGAUUCCACAGCAUACUCAGACGGGUAGGGUGGAGGCGGUACAGCAGGUUCAUGAACAAGAAAUAGCAGACCAAGACGACGUAGUGGUAUUCGGCCCAGAUUUCGAGACCACUCUGCGAAAUUUGGAGCUUGUAUUCCCACAAUUCAGUCAGGCCAACCUGAAGUUGAAACCAAAGAAGUGCGAGCUUUUUCUUGUGAGGAAGCAUUCAUCAAGAUUAAGAAGAGCUCCAGUACUGGCUUUUCCUACCAAGAAUAACAGGUUCAUCCUAGAUACAGAUGCAAGCGCAUCAGGGAUUGGGGCUGUAUUGUCACAACUCCAAGAUGGCGAAGAAAGAGUGAUCUGCUAUGCAACUAAAACCCUCAACGGAGCACAGCGGAAUUACUGUACGACGAGGAGAGAAUUGGUUACCUUCGUCCGGCAAUACCUGACUGGGAGAAAAAUUACCAUCAGGACAGACCAUGCCCCUUUUGUCUGGCUCAAGAAUUUCAAUGAACCCGAAGGCAUACUAGCACGCUGGAUCAGUAUACUGGAAACCUUUUAUUUUGAGAUCACUUACAGAGCUGGUACCCAGCAUAUCAACAUCGAUGCAAUGUCGAGGCAGGUUGUCAGAAAAUGUAAAAGAGUGGAUUGCCCAGACUGCUAUGGUAAAGAAGAAAUAUCAAAACCGGAAGUAGAAUCCAAACCGGAAGUGGUACCAAAACUGGAAGCAACACCUGAGCAAGGGUUAGCACAAAAGGUUGGAGUGAUACAAACAACAGGGCAAGUAUUGGAGCAGGGAACAAAAUUCAUAUACUCGGAACAAGGAGCAGAAUUUGAGUCAGAACUGUUUCAGGCGGUUUGUAGGAAACUGGAAGUAAACAAAACUAGAACAUCUCCUUACAACCCACAAUCAGACGGUUUAGUGGAGAGAUUCAACAGGACUAUGAAGAGAAUGAUGGCAACAUUUGCCCAUGAAAAAAAGGAGGACUGGGACGACCAUCUACCUUACCUCAUGCUAGCCUAUAGGUCAGCAGUACAUAGCAGCACAGGAUAUUCCCCCCUGUUGUGUAAAGUACGCCUAGUGCGAUUAGAGUUGCCUCCCUUCUUUAAUGAUGUUGCACAUGCGCACUUAUAA